AUGGCGAACCAGCAAUCGUAUCAGUCCUAUGCGCAGAAUAAGGGGACUCUUGUGCCAGGCCAAUCAAUUUCGGUCAAUAAAUACACCGUACAGGUCGAGCGAUAUCUAUCUCAAGGCGGUUUUGCGCAUGUAUAUUUGGUUCGAACGCCCACUCCUGUGUACAAUACUACACACCACGUCCUCAAGCGCAUUGCCGUUGCCAACGAGGCCAUGCUCAGUGAGGUGAAGAAGGAAGUUGAUAUCAUGAGGUUACUGAAAGGUCAUCCAAAUAUCGUGCAUCUCAUCGACGCAGCCUGGCAUAAAAUGCCGAAUGGCAUGUUUGAGGUUUUCAUCUUGAUGGAAUACUGCCCUGGGGGUGGGAUCAUUGAUAUGAUGAACCGUCGACUGAGGGAACGUUUGACCGAAGCGGAAAUCCUUCAAAUCUUUGUUGACGUCUGCGAAGGUGUUGCAUUCAUGCACAACUCUCGGCCUCCUCUUCUCCACAGAGACUUGAAGGUUGAAAAUAUUCUUCACUCUUCGCCAACCUCAUACAAACUAUGCGACUUCGGAUCUGCCACAACGGUAACGCGGCCUCCAACGUCAAUGCAAGACAUCCGCGCCUUGGAAGCAGACUUGAACAGGCACACAACUCUGCAGUACAGAGCCCCCGAGAUGGUUGACGUUUACUCCAAACGACCUGUCGACGAGAAGAGUGACGUUUGGGCGUUAGGGGUGUUACUGUACAAAUUGUGCUAUUAUACGACCCCAUUCGAAGAACAUGGCCCAUUAGCCAUUUUGAACGUUCAGUACCGGAUUCCGCCUUAUCCUGUGUACUCUAACCAGAUGAAUAUGUUGAUCGCGUCGAUACUUCGCGAACAUGGUUCCCAAAGACCAACUGUUUUUGAACUUCUUUCUACCGUGCACCAACUCCGGGGUACCAAAUCGCGGUAUCAAUACACGGUAGCCACUUCCCAACCUCUACCGCAGCAGCACAUUCCUCCCAAACCCGUGGAUAGCGUAAUAUCCUACAGCACAGGUCCUCGUACAACGGCUACGCCCCCCAGCCUCAUCUCAAAUUCCGAUAUGCUACAGAAAAAUCAGGGGGUUCAAGCGCGCGAGAGAGUCCUUGAAGCCAUCGCUCCAAUGCGUAGGGGACGUCCUGCCAACUUGACAGAAUCGCGGGACUCUUCCUCAAGACCAUCCAGUCCGAAGAAGAGCUCCGCAGUGCCCAAGCCAGGUCUGGAUCUCUCUAACCCUUGGAUGGCGGACGAGAAUAAAGCUUGGCAGACCGUUACAAAUGGUAGUAAUUUCAACGGGAGAGUCGGAAGCUUGGAUAGCGCUUGGAACGUUGGGGGUACACAACAGCAGGCAGCACAAGGACCGAAAGAACCAACUGGCUUUGGCGAUGACUUCGCCGAGAAGCUUUGGCGUUCCUCUGAUCCCAAUAUUGUCCUUCCGCCUCCUUCAAAGGUCAGCCCGGUACCUUCACCCUCGUCCGUCAACCAGUUGAGAAGCCAGGCCGCUCCCAUUCGUCACGUAGCGCACACCGGAAAUGAUAUAAUCCGUCGAGAUCGUGAAAAGGACGCAUUUGACGGAUUAGGUCUCUCGGUAGCCUCUGAAAAACCUGCCCCUACUUUGGGCGAAGCUAGGAAGUUACGCACUGGACUGGCCAUUAUGAGUACAAACAUGGUAACACCUCAAAGUUACAACCGAAACGACGAAAAGCAAAGUACCAACUCCAUACGCCCUUCUGCUUCUCCUCGCCCACCUUAUCUCACCCCACAACCCCCGCAGCAGCGAACUUCAUCACCCGCUCCAUCUAUCGCCUCAAAUUCUAGUUCAUCUUGGCGCAACGCUUCAUUUCCCUCAUCUGGUCCUAAUACGCCUACCGCGUCUCGUCCAGAUGGUCUUCCAACCGAGAGUCGAUUCCCGUCCCUCGAAGAGUUGGACGCGCAGUUUUCACCCAACUCAAUGUAUCCAGCGGCAGCGCGCAGCGCAGACAGCAGAUAUGCCACGCAUCAUUUAGUGGUUCGAUCGAAUGAUAAACCCCCGCAGCUUCCGCCGCGUCCCGCUGAAAAAAAAAGUGUCACUGUAAAUACCGAGCAGUUAGGAAUUCCGAGGUUACCAUAUGGGCGAGAUGGAGUACGCUCAGAGCAGGUUACAGGCGUUGCUAUGCGAGACGCAGAGGGAGGACGGAGGAAAGACAGCGAUGUCAUUGACCGAAGGCUGAGAGAAAAGGAGCCGGAAAUCAAGACAGAAGAUUUGCAAGCACCUUCUGAAAUGCUGAGACCUGUUCUGCAACGAAAACAUCGUAGUUCUGUGUCAAUCAAGCAAACAUUCGACCCGAAUAACCCUGCAGAGUCCUCGAAGGCCACGAAAGUUCCGGCAUCGUCGAGCAACGUUACCCAUGCAUCCCGUCGCAUACCUGUUCCUGCAUUACCGCGCGAUUGGCUCACGGGAGACGAUGACGAGCAGCAAAACUAUACCGUUCAAACUGCUGAGCAAAAAACUGUUGCUGUCCCAGUGCUGCGCGACUCUCCCAGCAAGCGAGCUUCUUUGAUUGAACGAAGCGAUUUGAACAUCCAGGACCCGGCUGUGGCGCAACAUGAUACUACAUCUGCCCCUGCUGCUCCAGAACCUGUUGCACCUCAAGUAUCUCCCACUAUUUCACGCUUCACAAAAUCAUUUCCUCUCAUAGACACAAGCUACCCUCAAGAGGUAACGUCUAACCAGAGUCGGAGUCCCGUUGCAACUCCAGCUUUGAAAGAAAAAGAGCCGGAGUCUUCCUCAAGUGCUGACGAGGGACCUGAAGAACCAAGUAGACUAAUUUCUGCUGCCGGGAACACAGCUCGUAGCAAUCGAACGCGGAGAAAGGGUAGACAGAGUUCUGUCCAUGACCUCGUUGAUUUAUGGGGUGGGGGUGUUAACGCCAGGGAAAAGGCGCAGGUAAAGGUAUCGCCCCAAAGCACGCUCCCGAGCGACUAUCGUCCCGCAAAGACUCGGCCGUCGACGCUGCUCUCUCCUCCUACACAGCUCCUAACUAACACCAGAUCAUCUCCAUCACCUGAGAGGCUAUCACCCUCUCGACCCAAUCCCAGCCCCACAUCCACCCGACAGCCCUCCAUGAAAAAUGGGCCAGUCCGUCAACCAACUUCCGGGGACGCGGCCACACCUUCUGGUUCCAAGCGCCCUCAGUCUAUGUUUAUUUUUCCAUCCAAAUCUACGGACGGUGCAUCAUCCCCGGAAGAACCACGGCCGAGGUUAAAUGUCCGACGAACUUCUAUAUCAGAUAGGGUGCAGCGUUAUGAGGCUAUUGGUGGAAGGGCAUCGGCUCCACGCCCUCCUUCUCCUGUCUCCCACAAAUUACCAAACAUCAAAACGACUCAACUCAUUGAGAGCCCGCGUUUUGACUCUAGCGAGAAUCCUGGACCAGGCGAUCCCGUCAAGAAUCGUUCAACGUCCAGUCUGCCUCCGCGGCAGUCCUUAGCCAUCCCUCGAAGCCCAGUGAAGUCUCGCAACACCCAUCUUGUUGAAAAGCCAGAAACAAAGCAAGAACACGAGAAAUCUACGCUGCGUCGGCCAUCGUUCAAAUCAGAAUCACUCGCAUUGGCUUCUUCCACAGCGCGCAAGGAGGUUUUUUUAGAGGAGAACCGCCAAGGAAGCACGGAACAAGGGCGGUCUCCUUCCCCCGACCGUCCUUAUCAAGGAGUGGGGAAGCUCAUUGACCAAUGGCAGCGAAAGACGGCGGAAGUAAAUGCCAUACGGCCAACCAUCGGGAACAAAGCACCCGCCUCGAUCCCGAAACGGGCUGGUACUGUUCAUGGAGGAACAGACGGAGCCUAG